AUGGCAGAUACCAAGAACAGGAGCCGCUUCCCCGGCUUUAUCAAACUCAGCGACCAAGUAUAUCUCCGGCCUGCGGACGACACAAAUAAUACGGCAGUCAUAUCAGGCUCACCUGAUCCCACAACAAUUCUUCUGUACGCUUGGGGUGACGCGCAACCCAAACAUAUCGCCAAGUAUAUCUCAGGAUACCUGGCACUAUUCCCCAAUGCCAGGCUUCUUAUAGUCCUUGGCCCCAUGAUCAAGAUGUUCUAUAAAAGCCAUGAGCAGCGCUCCAAGGGGAUGGAAGUCGUGCUGAACGCAAUGCAAGGAGCCGAGUCAGCUGAGGAGCGUGUCCUUGUUCACGCCAUGUCCAAUACCGGCGGCGUGAAUUACGCAGCCACUCUCAAUGCAUACAGCCAGCGGUACCCUGGGGGUUCGCCUUUAGUGCACACAUUGUCCGUGUUCGACUCUACACCAGGAAGCUCAUCCUUCUUUGCCAACCUAGGGCCAUGGUCACGUGCUAUGGCCAUUGGUGCUGCGUCCUGGUUCCCAGGGCCCCUAUUCAUCAUGCAGGCGUUCGCCAUCAUCUUUCUACUCGUGACACAUGGGGUCAUGUUUGCCCUGGGUCAUUCAAGCCCUGCAGUCUUUAGCACGAAAGCGAUCAACAAUCCAGACCUAGAAGAUAAGGCAGCCACGCGUCUGUAUCUGUACUCCAAGAGCGAUGAGAUUAUCAAUUGGGAGGCGGUAGAAGAGCAUGCGGCAGAGGCAAAAGGGAAAGGAUUUCAAGUUGACCUGGAAAGAUUUGAGGACACACCGCAUGUUGGACAUCUUAGGGCACACCCAGAACAAUAUUGGGCUGCUGUGAGAGGGGCAUGGCACAGAGCGAGUAGCAGGGAAUGA